AUGACACCGCCGACGAGUAUCGAUCCGACCGUCAAUCUAUCCUUCAACGUUCCUUUCUCAUCCACCUUGGCCGGUCCCGAUGUAGAGGACGUGCUCCACGCUAGUCCCGGCGCUCUCCAGCGCUGGACCUUUCCCGAAGGCACCCCCGAAGGCACCUCCGUGCACCAGCUACCCGUCCAUACCAACAACGUUGAAAGUCUACAGAGACUAUGCCGGAAGAUCACAGAGGAGAAGGGAGGCCGCGUAGAAGCAACACUGACGACCUCGGAGGCCAAGGCUGUGCCCGCGCUACAACGCCGGCCAAACGGCUUGGUAACAAAUGUCUGUGUCACGGGUGAUGGAGAAAUGGCGCGCAAGAUGCGUGCCAGAAUUUUGAACGAGACUCCGAUCAUGCUGCGAUGUGCCACUGUAGACGUGGAUAUGCAUCUGAUCGUGGAUGGAUCACCCAAGGGCAUUCGAGCCAGUGUGCUCGAGCACAUGGAUACUUUGGCUGCCUACACCGGAGCCGACAUUUUCUUGCUGACACCCAAACUCCACGACGCGGACAGCGCCGUGGUUUCUUCCUAUGGAUAUGCGUCGGAUAAUGGGCUGGACCAGCGCUUCCGAGUUGCUAUAUACGGUGAUCUAGAAAGUUCGGAACAUGCCAAAACCCGAGUGCUGAUUAUGAUUGAUCAAAUUGUACGUGUUGUGCGUGAGAAUCUCGAGGUCAACAAGCUAACCAGAAAACAGCUCAAACGCCAUGUUGAUGCCAUCAAGUUGGACUCGACCAUGCACACCUUGGUCUGCGGCCGUACUCGCAAGAACAUCAAGCUUAUUGAAGCUGCUACCGGGACCGCUAUUUACUUCCCUCCUCCUUUCCCUCAAAUCUUCGGUUAUAUACCCCCCGGUGCGAAUCGUCGAAGCGAAGAUGAGGUUUAUAUUACAGGCGAGACGCCUGAGCAAAUUGCACGAGCAAAGCAGAAGCUGCGGGAGCUAGUGAUGGGGGUGAAAAUCUUCGUCAAGGACGUGGUUGUCAGCUCGAGCAAGAUUGACAACAUUCUGCUCGAUCGUCUGGACAAGGUCCGAAAGGUCAUGGAAAUGAACGGGUCUUACGUUUUGUUCCCUCAGCUGGGCAGCCAGCGUGGACUUGUUCGGAUCCAAGGCACUGAGGUUUUGCACGUCGAGCGGACCGUCAGAGAGAUUAUGGCCUUGGCUGGUCAGUUCUACUCUGCCUCAUGGUGGAUCAUCAUGCCGGACCCCGCGCAAGGUGGCCUCCGAGCUCCUUCGACCGCCGACAUCCGCUCCAUGUUAUCGGAUAUCUGCACAAACUCUGAAGCAGAAGUCAGCUUUGACAAUCUGACCUUUACGAUCAACGGCUCCGAUGAUGCAGUCAAGGCUGCCAUGACAGUCAUCAACCAGAUCCCCUUCGUGAUGCGCAGUCAGUAUCAGAUGCGUGUGAAGAUUGAGCUGGCCAAUGAGCACAAGGAGUUUGUCAGUGGCAAGAAGAACGGCAAGAUCAACAAGAUCAUGGGACAGAGCAACGUCCAAAUCAUUUUCGACGGUUUCAACGAGUACAAUUUCUAUAUCGACGUAUGCGGCAACCAGUAUGAGUCGACCAAGAACGGUCUGGAUCUGGUGGAGCAGGAAAUGCCUGCUUCUAUUUCUUUCCAUGUUCCGGACCAGUACCACAAGCGUAUUAUUGGAAUUGGUGGACAGCAUAUCCAGCGCAUCAUGAAGAAGUACUCUGUCUUCGUGAAGUUCUCCAACGCCAUGGACCGCGGUGGUAUGGGUAAAGAAGAUGACGACAUCAAGGUUGACAACGUUAUCUGCCGGACCCCUGCUCGCAACGCCCAGAGCCUGGACCUUGUCAAGCAGGAGAUCAUGGACAUGGUUGAGAAGGUUGAUGCCGAAUAUGUCUCUGAGAGAGUCGUCAUCAACCGUCUGUACCACCGUGAGCUCUUGGCCCGCAUGACCGAGAUAGAAGAGCUUGAGAAGAAGUGGAACUGCAAGAUUGAGUUCCCCAGCACUGAGCUUGCCAGCGACGUUGUGACCAUCUCUGGCCCCGAGUACCAGGUUCCUCAAGCGGUCGACGCUCUGCUUGGCAUGGUACCAGAAAGCCACGAGCUUCACUUCCAGAGCUCGGUGGAACUCCGUGACUACUUCAAGUCCGUUGAUUUCAUCGCUGACGUCCGAACCAAGCUUAAGGAACAAUACGAGGUCGAUAUCAAUGUUGAUGUUGGUGCUGAUUUGCCCACCACUCCGGAGGAGGAGGGCUCCUCUUCUCCCGUCCCUGGCCCCGAGGACCGUGUUGUUCUUGGCUACACCCGCAACAACGCUGGCGGUCUCAAGGAUGCUAUUGACUUCUUGAUCUCUCGUCUGGUUGGUCACGGACUCGACGCCAACACCGUCAAGGGAGCAAUCCCUCGCCCCAAAUCUGACUCGUUUGAAGAGUCCCUCCCCUUCUUCGACUCGAAGCUUCUGCAGCACGCCCCGGCACCCCUCUCAACCGACUCGCCCACCCGCCCCAACUUCUCUGAUGAGACUAGCGAGCGAGGCUCGAUCUUUGAGCGCCUCCGCAAGCCUGGAAGCAUCUCAUCCUUCUCCUCGUUCAUCGGCCGCAAGAACCACUCCGCCUCUCCCGCAUCGUUCUUCAAACAUGCCUCCAGCAAUGCCUCCAAGGCAUCCCUUGUGUCCAUGGAGUCUCGCGAUAGCGGCUACCGCAACCCAUGGAAUGACUCUGGAGUGAACCUUGCCGAGGACGACGUGCCCGUCCUCGGCAGCUCGCACAGCCACAAAUCUAGCAAUAGCAAUGGCUGGCCCACCCGCUUCGACGCCAAGUUCCCCUUCGGCACCGCGCCCGGCGACAUGACCCCCAAGCAUGACCUGCGCACCUCAUUCGACUCUGGUCGUCCAAGCACAUCGAAUUCUACUUCUGGAUACCCGGCCCCAAUUGGGCCACCGCGUUAA